AUGCGUGUCCUCGUUCCCCUGACUGCCCUCGUGGCCACGGUCGCUGCUUUGAGCAGCCCCCAUCGCAAGGCUACUAAGAAGUCCAGUGUCGUCAACCAUAUUCAGAAGCGAGACACCCAUUCAGUGGAUCAGGCAGACUACCAAUAUUUGAACAAGAAGACCCAGCAAUUCCUUGUCAACGGAAAGCAUUUCCCUCAGGUUCCCUUUGACAUUGGCGAGAGCUAUUCUGGGCUGCUGUCCAACACGCCCCAUGGAAAUUCCAGUCUGUUCUUCUGGUUCUUCCCAUCGACAAACCCCGAUGCCAAAAAAGAGAUUACCAUCUGGCUGAAUGGUGGCCCCGGCUGCAGCUCCCUCGACGGUCUUCUCCAGGAACAUGGCCCUUUCCUGUGGCAGUCUGGCACAUAUGAACCCGUCCGCAAUCCAUUUUCAUGGACGAACUUGACCAACAUGGUCUACAUUGAUCAACCUGCCGGCACGGGUUUCUCCCCGGGCCCGGCUACCGUGCAGGAUGAGAUUGAUGUUUCGAAUCAGUUCAACGACUUCUGGAGGCGUUUCAUCCAGACUUUCAGCAUGCAGGGCUACAAGAUUUACAUCACUGGUGAGAGCUACGCAGGCCAGUAUAUCCCAUACUUGGCUGCGGGUUUUCUUGACCAGAAUGAUACAACCCACUUCAACUUGAAGGGUAUCCAAAUCAACGAUCCAUCUAUCAACGAAGACAGUGUCAUGAUUUAUGCCCCCGCCGUGGCCGCGCUGAACCACUUUUCCAAUGUCUUCACUUUGAACGAUACAUUCCUUGCCGAUAUCAACGAGAAGGCCAAAAAGUGUGGCUACAAUAAGUUCUUGGAUACUGCCCUGACCUAUCCCCCACCCAAAGACUUCCCCGUCACACCAGACCCUAACAAGGAUGACUGUAAUGUUUGGGACCAGAUUCUUGUGGCUGCAACAUACAUCAACCCUUGCUUCAACAUGUACCACCUAACAGACUUCUGCCCGUUCCUAUGGGACGAGAUGGGAUUUCCCUCUUUGGCUGGAGGCCCGAACAACUACUUCAACCAGUCAGCUGUCCAAAAGGCCCUUCACGUCCCGCCUACCAACUAUGCAGUCUGUGGAGGUAACAUCUUCGGUAAUGAAGGCGACCAAUCCGUUCCGAGUGCUCUCGGCCCCCUCCCCAGCGUCAUUGAGCGGACUAACAAUGUGCUUAUCGGCCACGGAUGGCUGGAUUAUCUCCUUUUCCUGAACGGCACUCUGGUUACUAUUCAAAACAUGACAUGGAACGGUGCCCAGGGUUUCCAAAAGCCACCAACCGAGCCGCUCUUUGUGCCUUAUACAAGCGCACUAGACACCGUCGCGAACCAAAGAGGCUCCAUUCCAUGGACCAAUGACGCCGGUGGUGGUAUCCUGGGCACUGCGCACACUGAGCGUGGCUUGACCUUCAGCUCUGUCUACGGCUCUGGACAUGAAAUUCCCCAGUAUGUUCCCGGCGCCGCUUACCGCCAGCUUGAAUUCUUGCUCGGCCGCAUCAAGAGUCUCCAGGACAAGGGACCCUACACUGCCUAG